AUGCUCGUCGACAUCCUUCUCCCUGUGUAUUGCAGGAAGAAGACCGAGAGCAUGGGAGGGAUGGCGAACAUGAGCCAGGAGGAGAUCGUGUCGUCGACGAGGACGGUGUUCCAGGGGUUGGAGGCUCUACGGGGGGAGCACAAGUCCAUCCUGUCCGGACUUGAAGGUUCCCUUCGAGCCGCCCAGCAAGAGAGACUUGAUGCCCAUUUAAUGAGGGAGAAGGCCUCCCUCGUGCACAAGUCCCUGGAGAUGAUCGAACUCGGCAUCGGGGAAGCACAGAUAUAUUGA